AUCUUCGGAAUGAUAUCCAAGCUUUGGAGUAUGGAACCUCCUAACAUUCGUAGAAGAAUGAUCUGCUUGGUCCAUCCGUUUGGUUUUGCACUCGUCCAACUCCUGCUAGAUUUGUUACGAUUUUAUUAAGUGCGGUUGACUUAAUAUGGUCUUUCAACGAACUGCGAAGCUCAAUUGACAAGCGUGCCUCGGGUGGUGUAAUCCUCCGCGUUAAGUAAAAUCCCUGGUUUAGCUGUUUGGUAGCUCUGGCGCAGUUAAAAAAGAAUAUUUUCUCUAGAGCACAAUAUUCUUUUAACAAUCAGCAGGCAAUGUUAGCUGCUGGUGGUGAGUCUGUGGAUAGGAUCAGGAGCAGGGAGAAGAAGGAAUUUGAAUUCUAACACAAAACUGCCUAUGUUCUUGAAAUACCUUUAAAACUUUACAUGUGGGUGGCUUUCAAGCAAUUUUCAUUAGAUCCAGUGAAAUGUCAAACAAUGGCAACAGAAUACCGUUUUUCGGCGACGAAUUUCAGAUCCAUCGACACUCCUCGCAACGGUCGCGGAUUCAUUUUCGAAUCUAUUACUUAGCUGGCGGCUCGUUGACGUAGUGAUGUCGUGUUGUCAGAAGCGCUCACAUCCUCGUGAGCAGUUCGGCUGGUUGGUGCUAUCUCCGUCCUAGAGCCAUCGGGCGAAUCUUACGGUGGGUGUCCAAUUAACCGCGGUUGUGCUCUAGAGCGAAGACUCAGUUAGAGGCAUAGCAAAUCGAGUGUAUGAUUGGGAUCAAUUAUUUGCUGCAGGGGUCUUGGUUGGUAACCAUUGCAGUGCAAUAUGCUACUGCCCCAAGCGGCCUUUUGCUGGGUCGGUUCUCUCGCGUUUGGGGAGGCCUGAAACGGCCAUUCCCAAAUCUCUUCGAGGCAAAUUGUGGAGUUUAGAUCCUUGCUGCUUUCUUUUGUAUAUGUGUCAUUUCCAAGUCCAAGAGCAAGUCUAGACUCGUUCCAAGUUCACUGUCCAUGACCACGAUUCCUCUGUUUCCCGUCCCCUCUACGGGAUCUUCUUUCUACUGAAGAUUCAUAAUCAGGUAGUUUUUGCAUCCUUACAUGCUUCUGCUUUGAGAUUGUUUCGUCAGAUCUCUCGACUGUUCGGUUGGAUUUGAUGGUUCUUUGUUACGCAUUGUUUCAAUGCUUCAUCCAAUAGCUUUACCACUCUCGAACUCAGUUAUGUAUUCUUUAGUUGUUGCUGAAGCAAUCUUCUUCACUAGAUCUUGUAACAAGCUCAGAUUUCAAGCGCUCUACGCCUCACAUUCCCGACACAUCGGUACUUCCAAUUGCAGUUUUCCUUGUUUACACUUCCCUGGGAAUUUUUAGUAAUUAGCGUUACGAAACUAGCACUGAAUCUGGAACAGAAUGCCAUAACUUCUUCUGAGCUGCCAUCAGCGGACUUAAACUAGUAAGUUUUCCUCAUAGCAAUUUAUAAUGCACAAGCGGCCUUGUAGAUGUACGAAACGUCUUGACCAGCAAUUCUUUACACAAUUCACACUCUUCGUCCUCUGCAUUAGUAAAACUUCCUCCAUGGUGGCGCCGGGGAAAUUAGGGCAUUGCUGCUCUUGGCUACUGGUUUUCAGUUUGAUCUGCUUCGUCCCUUCCGCAGCAGCCUAUGUGGGCCUCAAUUACGGCCGAAACGGCGACAAUCUUCCAUCACCGUCACAAGCCGUUUCGCUUCUAAGAAAUCUCGGCAUGUCUCAAGUGCGGAUCUACGACAGCGACCCCACCGUCCUCGCUGCCUUCCAAGGGUCCAACAUCCAGCUAGUGAUCGGCUUGCUCAACAGUGAGCUCGACGACAUUGGUGCCUCUUACGCCUCCGCCUCCGCAUGGGUGGCUUCAAAGAUCCUCCCUUACGUUAACUCCACGAAUAUUUUCGCGAUUGGAGUAGGCAAUGAAGUUCUGACCGGCUUCACGAACGCCUCAUCGCUCCUAGUGCCGGCUAUGAACAAUAUCUACAACGCGCUCACAGCCAACAACCUUCAGAGCAUCAAGGUGUCGUCUCCUUGCUCUAUGGAGCUGCUGGCGCAAUCUUACCUCCCAUCAUCUGGAAAAUUCAGUAGCAAUUACAGUGAUAUCCCUGUUCUUCUUGAAUUUCUCACUCGCACAUCAUCACCGUACAUGGUAAACGUCUACCCCUGGAAAGCGUACACCGCGCAACGGGACGCCAUUUCCUUGGACUACGCCCUCUUCUACCCUAACGCGGGCGUUUUCGACUCUGGAGCAAGUUACACUUAUACUAAUCUGUUCGACGCACAGGUUGAUGCGGUGCAUGCUGCCUUAACAAAAGCCAAUCACUCCGACUUAGUUGUAGUAGUCAGUGAAACCGGCUGGCCCACCGCAGGAGACACAGGAGAAGCCGGGGCUUCGAUUCAAAAUGCCCAGACUUACAACGCCAAUUUGGUGAAACGUGUGAUGAGCAAUACGGGAACGCCAGCGCGGCCGGGUGCUAUGCUCAACGUUUUUUUGUAUGAGCUUUACAACGAGAAUUUGAACGUGGGGCCUGCUUCCCAGAGAAACUUCGGCUUAUUCAACCCUGAUUCUACUCCAGUGUAUGCGAUCAACUUCGGAGGGAGUAAUUCCGGUGGUAAUGGGUACGGGUAUGGACGACGAAGCUGGUGCAUUGCGAAACAGGGCAUAUCGGAGACUGCCUUACAAAUCUCAAUAGACUUCGCUUGUGGUAUGGGAAAUGUGAAUUGCACAGCCAUACAACCGAACGGCACCUGCUUCCUCCCUGAUACCAGAUACUCCCAUGCAUCAUACGCAAUGAACCAGGUCUAUGUCAACAGCUUUAACGGAACCUCAGCCUGCAAUUUUCAGGGAGCUGCUCGAAUCACAACCACGGACCCAAGCUACGGUUCUUGUGUGUAUCCAGCCAGCACAAUAUCCUAUAGCGGAAGUCACAUGUCGACACGAAGAUUCUCUUCCGCACAGCAGCUGUAUCAACUCUUCUUCCUACUCUUCGCCAUCAUCUGCUGGGCAUACACGGGAGCAGAGCUGUAGGCAACUUCCAUUCCAUCACUGGACCGAUUUUCGCCAGGCUUCAGUGAAUUUCAUGCGAGUAAUGAGCGUUAAGAAUGAGCUGCACUGUGCGUGGCUCGAAGCUACACUAGUUGUGUAUGAAAAAUGAGCCGAUCUUAUCGGUGAAAUUCUUCGGUCGUAUAACUUGUGAAGCGGUGGAUGAGUCGAGCUGUAGACUGUGCCAUCUUCGUGGUGCUGUCCCACGUCCGAAGCUCGGUGUCCAUGGAGGGUCUUAAGCCAUCGUGGCAAUACGGAAAAGAAAGGUGGAAUUCUAUAUCUAAAAAGCGCAGCUGCUGUAUCAACAGAACGAUCAUUUUUUCCUGAGAGAGUAUGUUCGAUUAAUAGCAUGCGGGUGUAAUACCACGUUGUACCGUCCACAAGGAGAGCAGAUUUUGGUAUCCUUCGACAACCUCUGUUGAAUGACGCAAUUUAUAGUAAAUGUUGAAGUAAUGAGGCUGUAUUGGACAGACCUGCAGUCAUUGGAAUGAGUACAGCUAUUUUCACAACA